AUGCCCCGAUCCAACGCCAGCAACGACGACGACACCGCUGCGCUCCUCGACGCCCUCGAACACGAAGAAUCGAACCCAGUCUACAAUUCACAGCGCAUCGCACAAAUAAAAGCCGAACUCUCUUCCACAAAAACCUCACAAUCCAACCCCAUCGCAGACACAACCCCCUCCUCCGCCGGCACCGUAACGACCCUCCUCAACAACUCCCCGCUCCCGACCCUCCCUACCGACCAAGCAGUCCUAGAUUUCACCACCCAACUCUCUCACUGCAUCCUGCACUUUUCCCAUCCGGACUUUGCACGCUGCGCCACCAUGGACAAACAUCUCACCUGCCUAUCCACCGCGCACUCUUCGAGCAGUGGAGCUCGAUUCGCGCGCGUCGACGUGCGCAAUGUUCCCUUUAUAGUUGAGAAGUUGAAGAUCAGAGUGUUACCGUGUGUCAUUGGGUUUGUGGACGGGGAGGUUCGGGAGAGAGUAUUGGGAUUUGAGGGGUUGGGAACAGGGGGACUGGACGCGUUGGGGGAUGAUUUUGACACAGGUGUGUUGGAGGAUAGGUUUGUCAAGAAGGGAAUAUUGAGCGGGGUGAAGAUUGGGCGGAAGGGAAGGGAUGACGAUGGGCAAAGCGAUGGGAGUGAAGAUUGGGAGGAGAAACGAAAUCGCGGGAAGAAGUCGAUUAGAAGUGGAAGAAGGAAGGUGGAGGACGAUGAUUCGGAUUGGGACUGA